AUGGGAUUGGCUAUCAUUUCCGUUAUUAAGGAGUUAGACAGUGGAUAUUUGGAGGUCACGGUGUAUUUGCGAGUUUGUAAUAUAGUAGGGUAUAAGCAAACCCAGAUUAUUAAACCUGGGUCGCGGUGGCUUUGGCAAGUAACAGGUAGUAAAGUACCUGAGUUCACUACCGAACUCGCAACAAAAUCUCCAACAUCAUCAGAACAAAAUUUAUAUUCUGAAUUGAUAAAGCUCCAGCCUUCAACCUCCACAGAACAAUCUCAUUUACCGCCUCAACAUACAGAACCUUCAACAAUUUCACAAUCGACUUUAGCUAGUGAAUCAGAGGUCUUACAAUCGACAAGUUAUCAAAAAAAUGGUGACAUUAGUACACCAGAUGUUACUGAAGUAAACAAUGUAAUUGAGGACGUAAAUACUCAACCCGAAAAUGUUGUCAGUAGUAAUGACUCUCCGAUUGUUUGUAUAUUUUGUAAUAAACAGAAGAAGAAAGUGCGCUCAAAAAUGCUUCCACUUCAUGCAGCUGAAACAAACCAAUUUAAAGUAAAAGUCAUUGGCAUUACAAUCGAGAGUAUCACAGACAAGUUUUUGACGAAAUUGGCAGCAUUAUCGAAGAAGAUAUUAUUAAAAAGGGACGAUGUUAUUUUUUAA